AUGGACGGGGCGGGCGAGGAGCAGCGGCCGGAGGAGCGGGCGGCCGGAGGGCUGGGAAUGGGCAGUGAGUGCCAGGAUGAGAAGGAGAACUCAUUGCUGAAUGCAGAGCACUUUGUGGUGGAUGCUGAUGCUGUUGGUGGCCACAGUGCAGGGAGCAGUGUGCUACCUACACUCCCAGACGCAGCCAGACAAGAAAAAGUUGAAGAUAACUUGGGAAUAGAAUAUAGGAACAGCUUUCUAAAGAAGGUGAAAGAAGAUGGGGGAUGCAGCACCCUGCGGGCAACUGGGUCAUCUUCCCAAGGCUCCAUUGUCCUUGAUGGCCAGCAUGACUUUGCCUUGGCGUGUGGGCAACCGUCGGAUUUCUGCGGUAACACGAAGGUUGGAUUAGCACAGGAGCCGACAGGUCAGUCAGGGUCACAAGAGCACACUGAGAGUUACUGCCAUGCUGGGACUGAAAAGGAGGCAGAGAAGGAAAAAACUAAGAAAGCAUCCAAUGGAGUGUCUGGAGCUCCCUGCAGGCAGGAGGAGAUCGGCCCGGUCCCUCACCGAUCCAGAGGUACUCCAGCCAGCGCUGCAGCUCUGAAUUCCUACAAGGGCUCUUCAGUCCUGGAGUCCAGAGGCAGCUGUGAUGUGGCCAUGGGAAAAAAAUCCUUACCUGUCAAGAAGAAGCCCCGCACCUUCUAUAGUGCAGAGCAGCUAGAAGAGCUGGAGAGGAUGUUCCAGGAAGAUCACUAUCCAGACAAUGAGAAGAGGAGGGAGAUUGCAGCUGUGGUUGGUGUGACGCCACAGCGUAUCCUGGUCUGGUUUCAGAAUCGCAGGGCAAAGUGGCGGAAAUUGCAGAAGUUGAGUAUAAAAGACAACAAAAAAUAUCCAUCAUCAUCAGCUCUGUCAGUCCCCUUUGGAUCAGAGGGUUAUGGGGCACUUCCUCUGCCUGUGCCUCCAUUGCCUGAUGCUGCUGGAGACCAGCCUGGCAUGCUGGGAAGAGACCCUGGAGCUAUGAACUCCUCCAGCCUGUUCAGCACACUUCCUGCAUCCCCCACCUCUGCCUCAGCCUCCUCGGUGGCAGGAAUAGUGGCACCCUGUGAAGCCCAAGCUCAGAGCAAGGCGCUGCCGGAGCUGCAGUUAAAAGCCAGCGACUUUGAGUGCUUCCCUUGCUUUCCCAGCCCUCCUCCCAUCCGCAGGGCCAGCCUGGCGCUUAGCCUGGCCUUCGACCCCCAGAGCCACAUUGUUCCCCUGAUGCUGGACACUCCCAGCAGUGACUGCAGCUUGGCCAGUCACGAAAACGGCUCCAGGGAAACUUUCUCUUACGGCGUCCAGAAUCAAGGCUUCAGUUCACCAGUUUCUUGCCCUUAUCCCGAGCACCUGGAGCCUGGAGACAACCUGGAGGCCACCUACUCUCAGUACAGCAGUGAGGGGGAAAUCUAUCAGCUCUCCCAGUUCUGUCACCAAGGUCACCUGGCCAGCAAUAUGUUCUCCAAUGACCACCUUCCUCUUCCAACACCCCUGGAGUCCCAUCCACCUUUCCCUGACUUACCUGGUAGUGGUGGAGCCAUAACCUGUGGAGCCAUGCAAGGCUAUGUACAAAACAACAUGGGGGGACCACUCAUGCCACAGCAGCCAAGUGGAUAUUCAGCAGACAUCCCUGCCUAUCCAGCUGUGCCCUGGAGUGAUUUCUACAUGCAGGGAGCUCCUUUCUCCAAUCAGUUGCAUUCCCAAAUGCCUUUUUCUAGCACUGCAGGAGGACAGUACUUCACAGAGCCAUCUCUCCUUCAAGUGCCCAACACAACAGUAGUGGAAUCCAUGCCACAAACUGGAAAACAAACGGGAGUGACACCACCAGAGCAAAGUUCCUACCAGAGCCACCAAACAGAGCCAAAGUCGGCAGCACUCACUGAAAAAGAGGACAUAGAGAGCAGCAGCAAGAAAGGAGAGACUAUUGAUGGUAACAAACUGAUUGUUUUAUUGGAGAAGAAGGGGGGGAAAGGGAAGAGUCCCAAGACAGCAGUAGUUACCCUGAAUGCAGGAUGA